AUGGCUUUGUGCCGCAGCAUCUUCUCUACGGCCAAUUCUUCCCAGGUCACUGAGUUCCUACUGCUGGGUUUCUCUAGCUUUGGUGACCUGCAGCCUGUUCUCUUUGUGCUUUUUCUCUGCCUCUAUUUGAUCAUCCUGAGUGGAAACUUCACCAUCAUCUCUGUCAUCCACCUGGACCGCAGCCUUCACACACCCAUGUACUUUUUUCUCUGUGUCCUUUCAACCUCUGAAGUCUUCUACACAAUUGUUAUCCUGCCCAAGAUGCUUAUCAACCUGCUCUCUGUCCUCAGGACACUCUCCUUCACGGGCUGUGCCACACAGAUGUUCUUUUUCCUCGGCUUUGCUGUCACCAAUUGCCUGCUUCUGGGAGUUAUGGGUUAUGACCGCUACACUGCCAUCUGCCAGCCUUUGCGCUACCCCGUUCUCAUGAACUGGAGGGUGUGUGGACAGCUGGCAGCAAGCUGUAUUGUUAGUGGCUUCCUAAUAUCUCUGGUGGUAACAACUUUGGUCUUCAACCUCCCUUUCUGUGGCCCCAACAAAGUCAACCAUUACUUUUGUGACAUCUCACCAGUUAUCCGUCUUGCCUGUGCUGAAACCUACAUCCAUGAGCUGGUCAUCUUCAUCUGCGGAGUCUUGGUGCUUCUUGUACCCUUGAUCUUCAUCUGUAUUUCUUAUGGCUUCAUUGUCCAUACCAUCCUGAAGAUCCCAUCUGCUGAGGGCAAAAGGAAAGCCUUCUCCACCUGUGCCUCCCAUCUUAUUGUGGUCAUUGUCCACUACGGAUGUGCUUCCUCUGUCUAUCUUCGGCCCUCAGCCAAAUAUUCAUCAGGCAAAGACAGGCUGGUGACAGUGACCUAUACUAUCAUUACCCCACUGUUGAACCCUAUGGUAUACAGCCUUAGGAACAAAGAUGUACAGCUGGCUAUUCGGAAAAUGAUUGGGAAGACUGGGGUUUCUCUUAAGACUUGA